AUGGCGGCAGAAUUUAUCAAAGGGCUUAUCCAUGGUGAAAGUGGUGCAUCACCUGCAGAUAUGCCAUGUAUCUUUCGACAUGGCUCAUUCGCAAAAGUUAGAGAAGGUGCUUUUGCAAAAUGGUAUGUCAAUGGCAAGGAUUACUUUUAUGCCGUUUCGGAAGCCCUUGCAAAUGCGAAAGAGGAAAUUUUCAUCGAAGAUUGGUGGCUUUCCCCUGAAUUGUAUCUCCGUAGACCUCCUUGCAAGAAUGAACAAUAUCGGCUCGAUAGGCUCCUUAAAAGAAAGGCAAAGGAGGGCGUAAAAAUUUAUGUUGUUCUUUACAAAGAAGUGGAACAAGCCUUGACUUUAAACUCUAAACAUAGUAAAAAAACAUUAAUAAACGAGAUGGAAGAAAAUUAUGAAAAUAUUCUUGUGCAAAGACAUCCUUAUCAUGGAAUUGAUGGUACUUUCUUUUGGGCGCAUCAUGAGAAAAUGGUUGUUGUUGAUCGUCAUAUUGCCUUCAUUGGUGGAUUGGACUUGUGUUUUGGUCGUUACGAUACCGGAAAACAUCAACUUGCUGAUUUUUCUCCCAUAUCAAAAUACGUAUCAAUCUGGCCUGGUCAAGACUAUUCUAAUCCAAGAAUUGCUGAUUUUAUUGAAGUUGAUAAGUGGUCUUCAAAAUUAAUCGAUAAAAAUUAUGUUGCACGUAUGCCAUGGCAAGAUAUUUCGAUGGGUUUCGUUGGUAAACCAGCACUGGAUGUUGCUCAGCAUUUUAUUCAACGUUGGAAUUUUAUUAAAAAGAAAAGGAAUGAAAACAAACCCAUAUAUCCUGUCUUGAUUGCAAAGUCUGAAACCCAGUACGAUCGUGAAUGCAUGAAAAAGAAUUCCACACUAGUAAGAAAAUACCACUCUUGUGGAAAAACCGUAGAAUUACAUCCAGACCAAGGUACUUGUAGUGUUCAAGUUUUGAGAAGCAGUGCCGCUUGGAGUCUUGGUCUUACUGAAACUGAGCAUUCUAUUCAAAAUGCUUACAUUGACACUAUUCAAAACGCUAAGCAUUUUAUUUAUAUCGAAAAUCAAUUUUUCAUAACUGCGACAAAGGAAUCUAAAGAUUUCCCUGUCAAGAAUCUUAUUGGAAAGGCUAUUGUAGAAAGAAUUUUAAAAGCUCAUAAAAAUAAAGAAAAAUUCCGAGUUAUUGUUAUAAUGCCAUUAAUUCCUGGUUUCCCAGCUGAAAUUGAUUCUGAUGAUGCUGGUACACCUCGUCUUGUAAUGCAUUACCAGUAUAUGUCUAUUUGCCGUGGAGGGCAUUCUAUCAUCGAAUCAAUCAAAAAUGCUGGUUGUACUGAUCCUUUUGACUAUAUUGGUUUCUAUUCACUUCGAAAUUAUGAUAAAAUCUGUCACCAAGCUGUCAAACUUGGAAUGGGUGUUCUCCCUGAAGAAAUUAAUGCACCUUCUAUUGAGAAAGCUUAUGACAAUCCAAAUGUUGACCCUGCUUUGAAACAGUACAAAUAUUCAACAUCUCAAUCCUUAGGCCAUACACGUAUUAAUGAAGAUGAUUGUACUUUUGUUACUGAAGAGUUAUAUAUUCACACAAAACUUUUGAUCGCUGAUGAUAGAAUUGUUAUUAUGGGUUCAGCCAAUUUGAACGAUAGAUCACAAAAUGGUGAUCAUGACUCUGAAAUUGCAGCUAUUGUUGAAGAUAAAAAUUAUAUAGAAUCUCGUAUGGCUGGAGAAAAGUGGCAAGCUGGAAAAUUUGCAGCCACACUUCGUCGUCAUCUUUUCAAGCAACAUCUUGGUUUAGAAGUUCACGAAAGUCAUGAUGAAGUCAAUAAUCACUCUCAUCCACCACCUAUUGAAGCAGAUUACCCUGUUGACCCCUAUAACCUUAGUGUAGCAGAUAAAAUUGUUGAAGAUCCUGUUUCAGAUGAAUUUUAUAAUAAAUAUUGGUUACAUACUGCUUCUCAAAAUACUGAAGUUUACCGCAAAGAAUUUAAAAAAUUCGUUCCGGAUCGUAAAAAGGUUCCGGCUGGGCACAUAACAGAAGAAUCCAAAUGUAAUAUCGAAAAUACCAAAGCACAAUUAAGUUUGAUUAAAGGUCAUUUAGUUUUCUUCCCAUUGAAUUUCUUAAGAGAUGUGACAUUAUCUGGUUCUGUUGUAUUUGAUGCCGUUACUCCUAUGGAAUUAUUUACUUAA